GGAGGGAAAGGGGCGUGUGUUCCUUUAAGGGGCUGGCCCGGCGGGAGCGCGGGGAUUUGUUCGCCGCCGCUUCCUUUCUGGCCAUUCAAGAUCCCCAAAUCCGCCUGCUUCCUCGGACCCGGUCAGCCCGCAGCCUGGAGCGCUCGAGCCGUCGAGGAGCUGCCUGGGGACGUUUGCCCCAGCCCCCAGCCUUCCCUGGGACGCCUGGGUGCUGCCGCGUGCAUGACGUCAUGGACCUGCCGCUCCUGGUCCUGCUGCUUCCGCUGUGCUGCGUCUCGGGCCUGCCCUUCUACAACGGCUUCUACUACUCCAAUAGUCCCAACGGCUGGAACGCGGGCAAGGGCCACGGCGAAGGCAUCUUCAAUGGAGUGAAGCUGGUGGUAGAGACGCCUGAGGAGAUCCUGUUCUCCUACCGUGGGGCCAACGUGACCCUGCCCUGCCGCUACCACUACGAGCCGGCCCUGGUCUCUCCUCGGCCCGUACGCAUCAAAUGGUGGAAACUGUCGGAGAAUGGGGCCCCGGAGCAGGACGUGCUGGUGGCGAUUGGGCUGAGGCACCGCGCCUUCGGAGACUACCGAGGUCGGGUGCAUCUGUGGCAGGAGAGGGAGCGUGAAGUGUCACUGGAGAUCCGGGACCUGAGGCUGGAGGACUAUGGGCGCUACCGCUGCGAGGUCAUUGAUGGGCUGGAGGAUGAGAGUGGCCUGGUGGAGCUGGAGCUGCGGGGUGUGGUCUUCCCUUACCAACACCCCCAAGGGCGCUACCAGUUCAACUUCCACGAGGCCCAGUGGGCCUGCGAGGAACAGGACGCGGUGGUGGCCUCCUUUGAGCAGCUGUUCCGGGCCUGGGAGGAAGGCCUGGACUGGUGCAACGCGGGCUGGCUGCAGGACGCCUCUGUGCAGUACCCCAUCACGCAGGCCCGACACCCCUGCGGUGGCCUGGGCCUGGCACCUGGCGUGCGCAGCUAUGGCCCACGCCACCGCCGCCUGCACCGCUAUGAUGUGUUCUGCUUUGCUGCUGCCCUCAGGGGGGAGGUGUACUACCUGGAGCACCCUGAGAAGCUGACACUGGCAGAGGCAAAGGAGGCCUGCCAGGAAGACGAUGCCCAGAUCGCCAAGGUGGGCCAGCUCUUUGCCGCCUGGAAGUUCCACGGCCUGGACCGUUGCGACGCUGGUUGGCUGGCAGAUGGCAGUGCCCGCUACCCUGUGGCUCACGCACGUCACAACUGUGGGUCCCUGGAGCCUGGGGUCCGAAGCUUCGGUUUCCCAGACCCACAUAGCCGCAAGUAUGGCGUCUAUUGCUACCGGCCGCGCUAGCGCCCGGGCUCCAGCUCUGUACUCACGCCUACCCCAUCCCCUCACAGGCUGUAUUUAUUGAGUAGUUCAUUUUCCCUUGCAGGUUGGGGCAAUUUUCAUUUUGUUUUUGUACUUUUCAACUUAAAAUUUUUUUAAAUACUAUUUUUUUGGUAAAUCCCACAGAUCCCAAAUCUUCCCUUUACUCAGGUAGACACCCCAAGGCUCUCCCCCCUCCACGAAUCCUCCUGCCCCUCUCCAGGACAUUUGAGGUUCAUGGGCUCACGAGGGCUCUCUGCCAUUGCUGAGUCCAGCCCCUUUCCCUGCCCCUGGGAGGCUGGCGCCCAGAGCUGGCAGUGGCACGAGAUGCCAGGGCGUGGUGGCUGCAAUCCUCCCUCCGCCUCAGCCUGAGGGAGGAGAGGGCAUCCAGGGCGGCUCUGGAGCUGGGCUUCGGGCCUUGCAGCCUCCUGCCCUCUCGUGCUUCUUUGGCAAGCAGCUGGCCCUCAUCAGCAUGGCGGAGGAGCGAGGGCUGGAAGCGGGUCCCUGGCCUUCUGUGUGACAUCCCAGGGAAGAGAGAGACUUUCCUCCACAUUUUUUCCUUUUCUUAGUUCCAGAGAGUCCAUAUUUUGUUCUCAUUUUUCCCUAUUUGGGGAGCAGCCCUCAGGUGUGUGUACUUUUUUUGGACAAUAAAUGGUGCUGUGACCCCUUCCUCCACCCCGAGUCCCUGAUCUGGGUCUCACUCUUUAUCUCAUUUAGUCUUAGGGCCCAGCUCCCUGCCCAGUGGGAAUGGGGGACAGUUCUGUCCCACACUUCAAAGGUCGACUGGGUCUGUCCACUGGAGUGGGUGGGAAACGCCAGGGGCUGCACCUUUGGGCUGCCUUGGUCUGGCCUUGCCUGCCCUGGGGACACCCUGCCUCGGGGGCUGGCCUAGCAGCUGGAGGCGCUGGCUCGCUCUCCCACCAUCCUACUCCCGGCUGUGAGUCUGUGCGGACACAGCACAAGAGUGGGAGGUACCUCUCGGGAGACCAGAGGAAGCUGUGCCCUGCAGAGGAUCUUGGAGACCAGCCCUCUCUGUGCCUCACCCUCUGUCCCUCCACCCCCUCCAUGUCAGCCUCAGGAAACCAGACCUUUUGCCUCUGCACAGGCACGCCUCUGUCACCCACAAUCAGUAAUUCACUCUAUCCUUCACGUAGCCCAGUGCUUCUCAAAGUGUGGCCAGCACCACCAGCUUCACCUGGGAACGUGUUCGAAAUGCAAAUUUCUGGACCCCACCCCUGACCUGCUGAGUCAGAAACUCUGGAGUGGGACCCAGCACAAGCCCUCUCGAUGCUGAUGCAGGCUCAAGGUUGAAAACCACUGACACAGUCGUGUUCCCAGUGAAUCAGUUAAUUAAUCAAUAAAUUGCAUGAUUAUUGCGUUCCUACUAUGUGA